CGUCAAUCCUCAUCGUCGACUUCCGCCAUUUCUUACAAGCGAUCUCACCCUCACAAGCGCCAUCCUGCAUUGACAUCAGAUUAUUUACACCCAGCACCACCCUCAGCAGAAGAGGCAGUAUCCAACAUUUUGUACAAUACCCCACCGAUUGGACACCGUGUCACGAAACAGCGACAUAUUUUUAAUUGUCUUGUCCAGAACGAACCUGGUGUCUUGAGUCGCGUUUCAGGGAUCCUGGCAGGCAGGGGGUUUAAUAUUGACUCGUUGGUGGUAGCCAAGACAGAGGUUGCAGAUCUUAGUCGGAUGACAAUUGUUCUGAGAGGUGAAUCUGGCACCAUUGAGCAAGCCAGGAGACAACUUGAAGAUCUUGUGCCCGUAUGGGCAGUGUUGGAUUAUACUGGAUUCAAGGUUAUUCAACGCGAGCUGCUUCUGAUCAAGGUCUCGAUUUUGGGACCUGAGCACGUCCGUGCUCAGAUGAACUCACGUUCCCCCAAUUGGCAACUUGUGCAGGAGGAGGCUGAAGAAGAGAUGACGCCUUCAAAUGCACUCCGUCAGACACAUGCUCACCUGAAGUCACUAACAGAGUUGACCAAGCUGUUCCAAGGCAAGGUUGUGGAUGUGAGCGGGGAUUGCAUUGUGAUUGAGCUGUCUGCAAAGCCAGAUCGUGUGGAUUCUUUCAUAAAGUUAGUCAAGCCUUUUGGUAUUUUGGAAGCUGCUAGAAGCGGUAUGAUGGCUAUGCCUCGCUCCCCUAUUUACGAUCGCCAUGACAAUGAAAUGGAGGAGCCCCAGGACGAAGGGUCUGGCGUUGAUGCAUCAUUGCUCCCACCAGGAUAG